ACAUGUCAUAAUAAUGUCAUUAAUUAUAAAACAAAAAUGUUAAGUGACAGCAGUAUGUAAGAAAAAAUUUAGAAAAUAAUUUUAUAAAUUCGGUCAAAAAACUAGUUAAUAUAUUUAGAUUCAAAAUUAUCUGUAAUAAUGGUUGACUCAGAAGAUGAAAAAGGCAGUGGCGAUGUGGGAUCUGAACAGAAACCGGAAGAAUAUCAAGAACCUGAAGUAUCCAAGGUUCCUGACGUGGAACUUAUAGUCGACGGGUUUGGUUUUAUGCCGAAAACACCAGUAGUGACAUCAAAGAGUCGUGCUUCAAAUAUUUACAGCAAAAAGAAUGUUGAGGAUGAAAUCAUGCCUGAAGAUGGCCCAAAAAGUCCUUGUGGUUCGAGCACUAAUAUUGAUAUUGUUAGACGAUAUACGUGGAAGACAAAGAACAGAAUGAUAGUACAGGUAAUAACUUAUGGAGCUACAAUAACAUCUAUCCAAGUUCCUGACAAGAAAGGAGUACCCGAUGAUGUGGUGGCUGGUUUUGAUACAUUGCAAGAAUACUUCCAGCCAAGAAAUCCAUAUUUUGGAGCUACAAUAGGUCGUUACGCCAAUAUUAUUCGAGAUGGAACCAUUGUAGUCAGACCCUCCGGCAGGAUGUACAUGCUCUCAACAAACAAGGGUCACGACCACUACAAUGGUGGCUACGUUGGGUUUGAUAAGGUAAAUUGGCGCUCGUAUGUCAAUGGUAAUAAGGUUAUCAUGAGCCACGUGUCGGAUCGUUUCCACGAGGGCUACCCUGGCACGGUGAUGGCUCAGGUGACAUUUGAAGUGACCUGUGAAAAUACCAUCAAAAUUGAGAUGAGGUGCACCUCUAGCGAACCCACUAUUGUCAAUCUGAGCAACUCGCCAUACUUUAAUCUCGCUGGACAUCAUGCUGGCUGCGAGACGAUGUAUGAUCACAUAUUUACAAUCAAUGCUGACAAGUACACUGUUGUUGAUGACGACCAAAUUGUGACAGGCGAAAAAAAGGUUGUCGGAGGCUCCGCGUAUGAUUUUAGAGUGCCCCGUGUGCUACGAGCGAUGUUGCCGAAGAUACCUUUAGGAGGAUACGACAUAAACUACUGCGUGACACAAGGCACUGAUCAAGAUUUAGCCUUCCAAGCCAGAGUAUUACACCCAGUUUCUGGUCGAGUUUUGGAGUUGUACAGCAACCAACCGGGGAUGCAGUUCUAUACAGGAAACUUACUACCGGAUCCUGACAAGAUUAUAGAGAGCACGAGCGUUGCAGAACAGCAUGAAGGUAAAGCCGAGGAUGAGAGCGAGGAAUCGGACAGUGAGGAGUCGAGUGCAAAAGGCGAAGAAUCGGAAGAAGACGGAAGCGAGGGUAAGCCUAGGUAUGGUUACGUGCCGCUAAUGGGAAAAUCUGGCACUUAUUAUAAGAAACACGGUCUCUUCUGUCUGAUGCCCCAAAACUAUCCUGAUGCCGUUAACCAUAAAAACUUCCCGAACUCCGUGCUGAAUCCAGGCGAGGUCUACGUGCAUAGGAUACAGUACAAAUUUGGCAUACUCCUGGGACGAUACGUGUGAAAUAUUGUUGUGUUCAGUAAUAAAACAA